ACAAAGCAUUGGCGAUGCAUACGCUGUUGAAAACUGCGUUUCUUCGAACGUUUGGCUUUUUGUUAUGGACUUCAUUUAGUGCAUGGUUGUUUGUGACAGUAGAAUACACGGGGAAAGAUGAUAAAAAGGAAAAAUAUGAUUUGUUACUCUCGCUUUACAAAUCCAUGGCUUCAAAAUACAACAUGAGCCUCGAGGAAUUCAAUGAAAUUUCUACAAUUGCAUAUGAAGCAUUGAGCGAGCCUAAGCCUCAAUGGAACUACCACGUUGCAGUUACGUUCGUAAUUCAAGCUGUGACCACAAUAGGGUAUGGAUUCAUCACUCCUCAGACAUCCGCUGGUCAGUCGUUGUGUAUCUUUGUCUGUUUACUGGGGAUUCCCAUUACUUUGCUCACAUUGAAAUCCAUCGGCGAACUUAUCGCCAAAUGGCUUAACACAAUCGUCUCAAAGUUUGAAAAGAAAAUGCUUAAAAUACCAGAACCAAAACAGAUGCAAACGAAGAGUGCAGUGAUCUUGUUUUCAUUUAUGGUGCUUUUGAUUGUCGUGAGUGCCUUGUUGAUUAGGGAUUUACACUGGUCUUUCGUUGAAGGGGUCUACUUCUGGUUUGUAACAUUUACUACAAUCGGAUUUGGUGACUACGUUCUUUGGAAACCUGCAAGGAUCAAAAAGUUAUCUUUCAAUAAUUCUGAAAGUCACAGUUAUAAGUCAUCAGACUCAAUGCAGAUCACUUUCCCAAUAUUCAAAGAUCUCCUCAAAGCGUUUUACUACAUUGUUGCGUUGUGCAUUGUCUCAAGUGUGCUAAACGCAAUUGCGGUGGUUAUGGAAGAACGAAGAUGCCGUAGCGGAUGCCCUGGUUGUAUUUCACGAAAGAAAAAGAAAACAGAUCCGAAAUACCUUGAAGAAGAAGAAGAAAAGCAGGAAAGUAUUCCUGAUGUACGUGAUUUAAAGGUGGAAUAUUCUGGCCCGAAGCAAGUUGGAUCCAAGAUGAAGGAUGUGAACAUAUCAAUGGAAUUAAACGAACUUUAACGAUAUAACUGGUUCGUGGACGACCAAACACACCCUAAACUACUAAUUUGUGAAUAUUUUAAUUUCUUUUUUGUACUCAUAGUGAUGUCAAUGACUGAAAAUGUAUUGCUCAAAAUAGACAUUCUUAACUGAGUGGAGUGCAUUUCUUUUGCAUGAUAUUGGCCACUAUAUCGUAGUCAGUGGAGAUACACCUAGGUUUAGGGUAAGGGUUAGAUAAAUUCAUGUCAUGGUGAUAACCCAGUAAGGCAUGGAAUCUCUUUUUUGUAACUUUGUCUAAUUAAGAUAGGAAGUGUUACCGAUUUGAAUGUAACCUAUCGCAAGCCGUAGUUAUUUUCCUUUCGGUGGAAUCAAAAUAAAGGAGAAUU